AACACAAACAGAAUUAGUUCCACAACUUUGGGUUGUGCGCCAAUAUUUGGAUAGGGACUCUUAACGUUGACAUUUCCUAAUGCUCAUAAUUAGUCCAACCAAAAACUGAACUGAUAUAUGUGGGAAAUCAUUAAUGGAAUGUAAUAUAGAAUAGACUUUUUAUCUUAAAAUAGGGGAAAUGGUCAAAUACGACGGAAUUGACUAUUCUUUCUUACGGAUGAAGAUAUCUGUUUUACUCGAGACAUCAAUGAAUACGAAAACAAUCAUCGUCUUACAAAUAAAGCAAUCAAACAAGAAAAUCAAAACCAAUACGAUGAACUUAGCCUUUUAUCAGUUUUGGUGUAAAAAUUCAGAAGUGUCCAUUUCCAAUAAUAGUGUUUUUUUUUUAUAAAUAAAAAUAGUAAUACCGUUUAGACAAUGACAUAAAUACAUGCUAUGCUGUCCAAAGCUGGUGCCCUAGCUAGUCAUGUAUCAAACGAGUGGGGAAGAUAAUAUAUACAAAAAUAUAAUCAAAUUAUAAUGAGAUAUGCAGAGGGAGAAAGAAAAUUCCAAAAUCAAAUACGUGCUCAGGAUUGAGCCUCGAGAAUUAUUGAGAUAUCACAUUUACUCCAACACCUUCUUGCAUUAAUUUCAUCAUCAAUGAAUGAAUGAAUACACAAGCAAACUACUUUUGGAAUUUGCUACCAUAAUUUGAAAAUCAUUUGUAAAUUUGGAGAAAACGGAACGUCGACCGCUUCUGAUAAAUGUUCGAUCAAAUGAAUUAUUACUAGUGAAACGAUGUAUUUGGUUACAAACAUACAUUGUUAAUAGAUAUGCUUGCUAGUAAGAGAGUUGAAAUAAGUACAAAGAUUGAAGCAUGCAUGAGAAGUUUUUUGGGUGAUUGCUCACCCGUGUGGAAAACUGCUCUCCAAAGUUUGUCUCUUUGAUUUGACUUACUCUUUACAAAGAUUUCACCUUUCCUCCAAACUCUAUUUUUGCUUGUGCUUGUGAUUCUAUAAUUGUCUUAUGAAGAAGCAAGUUUCUUGCGAUUGUUGCUGUGAAGAGACUUUAAAAAAGUAGGAUAUCAUUGUUAUACAAUUAUAUGAUCUUCAACGUCCAUAAAUCUCCUUUCAUCUUGCUUCUGCAGGUUCUUAAUCCAAAAGUGUUAAAAGAUGAUGUUAUUUCUUUCUGUCUAGGCCUAUAAUUAUAAUCUUCUUAGAGAUAUGAUCGAUUGCCUACAGGAGAUAGGAAGUUGCAUUACUACAAACCAAUUUCGUACUGUAGACCUCUUGUUGUCCAUAAUUUUUUGACUGUAAGUAAAAAUCAAGUAUGUCUCUUAGUGGACGUACCGUUUGUCCAAAGUCAUAGAUAGCUUUCUCCAAGUCAUGAUGACACUUGCCCAACGCUAGAAAAAACCCAAAUAAAACGGUUGGUAGUGGCAAAUUCUUAUGUCAUGUUUCUCUUUGUUGCCACUUAUCAAAACUGCAUUUAACCCAAACUUAAUCGAUCAUUUUUCUAAAUCGAUAGACCGCUUUCUCUAAGUCGCGGGGACCCAACGCUGAAAUAGAAAAAAACAAAUUAAACGGUUGGUAGUGGCAAGUUCUCAUGUCAUGUUUCUCUAUUGUUGCCACUUGCCAAAGCUGUAUUUAAGCCCCAAACUCCCCUUCCAUUCUUCCCCACCUAUCUUCAACUCUCCAUAGUCAUUCAUCAGCAACAAACCAAAAAUAGGAAGUAAAAAAAAAAAAUGCUACAAACGGCGCCGUUCUUCGUAACAUUCUUCCUCUACAUCUUCCGCCUCCUCUUCAGGAACCCACCGCCGAAACCCCUCCGCCGCAGCCUCAGCCUCAGCCACCCCUACGCCGCCGUCCACUCCGGCACCAAAACAACCUACCACAAGUUCACCUCCCUCCGCCGCAACGACGACGACCAUCCCAUCUCCCCCACCACCGCAGUCAUCAUCGACGUGGAAGGAGCUCUCCUGAAAUCCACCUCCAUGUUCCCUUACUUCAUGCUGGUGGCCUUCGAGGCCGGCAGCUUGGUCAGAGCUGCCGUCCUCCUCCUCUUCUACCCCUUUCUCCGCCUGCUAACCCUAGCAGGCGGACAUGGAGGGGAGCUCGAGUUGAAGCUGAUGGUUUUCAUCAGCUUCAUCGGGCUCAGGCAGAAAGAUUUCAGCGUGGGGAGCAGCGUGCUCCCCAGGGCAUUUUUGAGUGACGUGGCGCUCGAGGCGUUCGAGGCCGCGAAAGGCGGCGGCGGAGGGAAGGUGGUGGCGGUGUGUGGGAAGCUGCCGAGGGUGAUGGUGGAGAGUUUUUUGAAGGAUUACUUGGAGGUUGAGUUUGUAGUGGCUAGGGAACUUAGGGUGGUGGGAGGGUAUUUUGUGGGAGCGUUGGAGGAGGAUUCCGGCGGCAGCGCCGGCGAGGUGGUGAGGGCGAUCGGCGGUGAUGGUGAUGAUCGGCCGGUUGGGAUUGCUAGGUUUAGUAGGGAUCUCGACGAUCAUCGUAUUUUCUCUCUUUGCAAGGAGAUUUACUUGGUGAGAAGGGCCGACAAGGCCAGCUGGCGAAACCUCCCCCGUGACAAAUACCCCAAGCCCCUCAUUUUCCACGACGGCCGCCUCGCCGCCGUGCCGACGCCGCUCUCCUUCCUCGCGCUCCUCGUCUGGACCCCCUUCGGCCUCCUCCUCGCGGCGGCCCGCCUCGCCGUCGCCAUCACCCUCCCCUACACCUUCUCCGUCCCCAUCCUCUACUUCUCCGGCUUCCGAACCGUCAUCACCCAAACCGCCACGUCACCACCAAACUCCUCCGCCGCCGCCGCCGCCGCCGCCGCGGAGACGGCGAAGAAAAAGGGCCAGCUCUACGUCUGCAACCACCGUACCUUGCUGGACCCGCUCUACCUCUCCUUCACAAUGAACAGAAAAUUCACGGCCGUGACGUACAGCCUGAGCCGGGUCUCCGAGCUGCUCUCCCCGAUCCCGACCGUCCGGUUGAACCGUGACCGGGUUCGAGACGCGGAGAUGAUGGACCGGCUGUUGGGCCGGGGAGAUCUCGUGGUCUGCCCGGAGGGGACCACGUGUCGGGAGCCGUAUCUCUUGAGGUUCAGCCCGCUUUUUGCGGAGCUGACCGACGAGGUGGUCCCCGUGGCGAUGGAUGUCCACGUGGACAUGUUUUACGGGACCACCGCGAGCGGGCUGAAGUGUUUGGAUCCGCUGUUUUUUCUUCUGAAUCCCAGGCCCGAGUAUUAUAUCCGGGUUCUGGACCCGGUGUCGACUGGGCUUCGGUCCAGUGGGCUUGCUACUGGGCCGUCGAGGUACGAUGUGGCGAAUCGGGUUCAGCGUCGGAUUGGGGAUGCGUUGGGGUUUGAGUGCACAAAGCUGACGAGGAAAGACAAGUACAUGGCUUUGGCGGGGAAUGAAGGGAUUCACUACAACCGAUGAUUUCAACGUGAUGUUUCCGUGCUUACAACAUCAUUUGUUUGAUUGGGCGUUCAUCCGACGAACGCGAAGUGCUCGAAACAUGAUUGGACGACUGUAAAUGUGGUAACCAUGUCGUACAAAUGGUGGUGUAAGCAUUGUUGUCGCGGAUUCUUGUGACGCCAUGUCAUAAAUAAUCAUUAUUUCUCUUUGUGUGUCCAAGAUUUUGUUAUUACCCGGAAGGGGUGUAAUGUUAAUUAAGUCGUAUGGUGAACAUACAUUGAUAAUUGUGAAAGGGAUGGGCUAUACUUUUAUCAACUGUAAAAAAAAAAUAUAUAUAUAUAUAUAUAGGGAUUUUGUGAAGUUAUAAGGGACCGUCUUGGUUUUCUUUAGUCGAUUAUUGUAGUAGGAAUUUCAUGUUUCUAAUUAAUAAAGGGUGUAAUUUUGAUGGGUUCAUAUAUGGUAACUAAUGGGUGCUAUUGAAUAAGUUCUGAACAACAAUCUCUAAAAUACAAUGGUGUCGUUUAGCAAGUCGUUUAGCAAGAGACAUAGUAGAUAUCACCAGAUAAAAAGAAAUACAAGGUAUUUCCAGCAAUUCAAGCAGAUUCCCUUCACACACUGUCUCCGCCACAACCGGAUCAUUCUCGACUCGUUCGUUGCACAUAACUUCUACGCAAUAUAUGGUCAAAUCACUU